AUGGCCGACGGUUCUUCUUCGGGGAAACGAAAAGCCAAUGAAGACGAUGGUUCUGGUAACUGGAAGAAAAUAAACACUAGUGACCUCGACCAUGUUAAAGUCGAGUGGGAGUGUAGUGACGAUGAUGCUGGAGACGAAGACGAGGAGAGUGGGUCUAGCGACGAUGACGUUUUUAACAACGACAUGGAUGAAAAGAGUAUAUCAGUGAAGACCCCCACCGGUAAGAUCAUGUCUCUUGAAGUCAAAGGCUCGGACACCAUUGGCAAUGUGAAAGUCAAGAUCCAGGCUAAGGAACAUAUUCCCUUUGACCAGCAAGAACUGAUGUUCAACCAAAUGGUUCUUGAAGACAUUGAAACCCUUGCCAACCUGUGCAUAAAAAAGGGAUCCACCUUCAUACUGAUGCGUAAAUCAACUGGAUACAUUAAUAUAAAGAUCACGACCCUCUUGGGAGGCUUCGUCCAUUCUCAUGAAGUCAAACCCUCAGACACGAUUGGUAACGUGAAAGCCAAGAUCAUGUGUUGUUUUGGGCACGUGGUGAUGUUCAAUGAUAUUGUCCUUGACGAUAGUUGUACCCUUACUGACUACCACAUCAUCAACGGAUCCACCCUCACACUCAUAGAAAAAUCACCGGGAUUCAUCACAAUAUUCGUCAAUACCUUCACUGGAAAGACCAUCUCUUUGUUGGUCAAACCCACAUACACCGUCGCCCAAGUGAAAAUGGAGAUUGAGCGUAAGGAACAAUUUCCAUUUGACGAGCAGGCGUUGAUCUUCAACAAUAUGGUUAUUGAGGACAAUUGUACCCUUUUUGACCUGCACAUCAACAUGAAAUCAACCCUCACACUUAGGCGCAAAUCGAGUGCAUUCAUGAAGAUAUUUAUCAAGACCCUCACGGAAGAGACCAUUCAUCUGGAAAUCAAACCAUCAGACACCAUCUACAACGUGAAAGUUAAGAUCCAGGAUCAGGUACAUGUUCCCUAUGAUGAGCAAGCGUUGAUCUUCAACGACAUGGUUCUUGACAACAUCAAAACCCUUGCUGACUUCCACAUCAAGAAGGAAUCCACACUCACACUCAUGCGUACAACAAUGGAUUUCAUGAAGAUAUUCAUUAAAACCCUAACCAGAGAGACCAUUCCUCUAGAAGUCACACCCUCAUACACAAUCGGCAACAUAAAAGCCAUGAUCCAGGAUAAGGUAAAUAUUCCUCGUGACGAGCAGGCAUUGAUCUUCAGCGAUAUGGUUCUUGACAACAUCGGUGCCCUUGUUGACUUUCACAUUUACAAGGAAUCCACACUUACGCUUAUGCGUGUGUCAAGCGGAAUUAUGCAUAUAUUCAUCAAUCCCCUUUGCGGAAAGACGUUUACUCUGAAUGUCAAACCCUCGGACACCAUCCAGAAUCUGAAAUCCAAGAUUCAUGAUAAGGAAGGUACUCCCCCAUGCAAGCAGAGACUUCACUUUGAAGGAAAGCCGCUACUGGAGGAUAGCCCUACCCUUGCCGACUACUACAUCCAAAAUGAAUCAACCGUCUAUUAUUAUAACACAACAUGA